CCAGCGCUGACCCCACCCCGCUCCAUCUCUGCCAGUGAGGAGACGCGAAGACGCGCCAGCCUCAGGGCCCGGCGCGGGCGCUGCCCCCGUUACCGCGGCAGCAGCGCUGGCCCCGCCGCCGCCGAGGGGCUCCGCCGCCGCCGAGGGGCCCGGGCUGCGGCCGUGAGCUCCUGAGGGCAGGGGCAGCGCUGGCGGAGCGCUUUCCGCGCCGUUUGUCUCCCGUCUCUUCCCGUUCGCGGGAGCGGCUGCUGCUGCGCAGCCCCUUCCCCGCCCGCCCGGCCGCUCCAGUGCCGUCGCCUCCUCCUCGCAGCCUCGCACGGCGCGGCCCGGUCAACACACAGAGCUGCAAAAUCCCAAGCUGACAUAAUGAACAAGCAAGAGGCCAGUGUUCUACGUUGCUGGAGAUGUAGGAAAUUUAUAGCAAAUUCUGGUUUUCUUGCAAAAUGUAAUGGGAAAAAAACAUCCAAAAUAUCACAACCUUCAGCUGCUGCUCAGAAUUCUUGCAAUGUAUGGCAUGUGAGCUUAGAAGCCAUUCCAGAGUGGGUGAAAUGUGUCAUUGAAAAGGCACAGUGGACAGUUGGAAAACUGCACUGUCCAUUCUGUGAGGCCUGCUUAGGGGGCUUUAACUUUGUUUGCAACAAAGAAUGUUCCUGUGGACUGUUAGUAAAUAGACAUUUCUGCAAAAAUUGGACUGACCAUCAGCCACCUUUCUGUGUUAAAUUGUCAGAAUCAUCAGAAAAACAUUUGCUUCUCAAAAUUCAGUCUGGUUUUAACGAGGAUACCUGCCAUGAAGUGGUAACUGCAACUUUAGAAAUCAAAAAUCAAGGACUUUCCUACACAGCUGGAAGUAAUAAUGGUGGAAGAUUAACAGAAACACUUUGUCUAGAAGUAAGUGUUCCCAGAUAUGAGAUAGAAAGUAAAAAACUUCCCUUAAAGGCAUUAAAUCAAAAAAGAAAUCUCCCUUCUUCCUAUCCCAUAAAAUAUGCGAGCACUGUAAAACCUUUUCACAGAAGAUCUCAUAGCUUGGAUUUAAAUAUCAGAGAAAGACUUGUUUUGUCACCUGUGUUAUAUGGAACUUGCAGCAAGGGAACACUUUACCAUGGCCAAAAUGAAAAUCCACCUGCUUACAUACAAGGGAGCCUGCAGUUAGAGUCCAGUAAGAAAGGUGGUAGUUCUUUUCAGGAUCUGUAUAGCUCCAGUGCUGACAUACUACAAAACCAAUUUCAAGUUGCUUCCAUUACCACAUUACUACGCAGAGAAACAGAAAGUGAGUGUGAUUUUGAAGUUCCUGGACAAUCUUCUGGGAGUGUCACUGCUGAUGGGUCACUAUUUGUGAUGAAUCUUUCCUCACCUACAAGGGCUGUAAAAGAACAGUACAUCACACCUGGUGGUCUUGUGCAGCCUACGAGUAUUUCCUGCAACCAAAAGCUGAGUAAGAGAGAAAGAAACCAGUCAAAAAGCCUGGGGAGAAAACAAAGAAGGCAAGACCAAUGUCUACAGAAGCAACCUGCGAAUGAUAACCUGCAUGCAGAUGAUGAGCAUGAACUCAGAGGAGAUAAAGAAAGCUAUCUCUGUGCUGUGUGUCUGGAUGUUUAUUUCAAUCCUUACAUGUGCUAUCCAUGCCACCAUAUCUUUUGUGAACCUUGCUUAAGGAUGCUUGCCAAAGACAAUCCAGCCAGCACUCCAUGUCCACUGUGCCGCACCACAAUUGCCAGAGUCUUUUUCCAAACAGAUCUGAAUAACUCUACCAGAUCUUUUUUCCCUGUGGAAUAUCUGAAUCUAAAGGAAAAUUUUCAAAAAUCCAAUUCUGCUAAAUGGCCUCUACCAAGCUGCAAGAAAGCAUUCAGAGUUUUUGAAGGUUUUCGGAGGCGCUCAGAUACUGUCACAAGGAGGCAUUUCCCACAUGCUGCUCACAGGAUGGACUACUUGGACUUUGAGGAUGAUAGCCGUGGAUGGCGGUUUGAUAUGGACAUGGUGAUCAUUUACAUUUAUUCCGUCAACUGGAUAAUAGGAUUCAUUGUUUUCUGUUUCCUUUGUUAUUUCUUUUUCCCUCUUUAGGCUGUAGAAAUAACAGUUAAGGAAAAUUACAGCCAUGUGAACCGAAAAAUAGUGCAUAGAAAAAUAUUGAAAAAGGUAAAAUGUUUGAUACUGAAUUUUUAUCAUUCAGAAUUGGAAUAGACUGCAUCAAGCACUCUGCAAAGCUGUUUGAUACUUCUGCUAUAUGUGACAAAGUACUUGAGUUUGGUUACAAAUGUAAUGUGAAAUCUACAUCCUACUUCAUUCAGUGGGAGUUUUGCCUUUGGGAGAUUUUGAUGGGAAAAGAAUGUACUCCUAAUUUAUAAAAUGAGUACUUUGAAGAAGUACUCCCAGUUUUUAGGGAGGUCUGCCUACUACAAAAGAAUGUCAUCUAUAUAGUCAUUUAGGGGUUUGACUCUGUGUUGACACACUUUGCUCACUCAUUGGUGCUUCAGUUCCUCAUACAUGAAAGCAAUAAAGAUGUUUCCCAUUUUUACUCACAUCUUUUGGGAGCAGGAGAGGUGCUGUACCAUGCAUUAUAUAGACAUUUAUCAGAGCUAUUUCAGUGGCAUGAUUGAAAUCCUGGAAAAUUUUGACAACUGAUAGACCUGUCAGCAUUCCACUGUGGAUAUUUUGAGCCUAUUAACCAAAAAGAAAAAUUAUACUUCAAUGUGCUGCCAGUUCAUCUUUUCAGCAAAUAACAAUCAAAAGGAAUCAACUAACAACCACAACUUCUGCACAAUAAAUGGACCAUUUUUGUGCAGAUUCCCAGUGUGGCACCAUACUUUUUUUACCCAUUCAGAUGAGUGUGUUUGGAUGUAGCAAGACAACUACUGGAGGGCAAGCAGCAGGCCUGCUGGCUGUUGAUGCUGUGAGACACUGACCCAAAUAAAUACUGGAGACAGAAGAAUUCUCCAGUGUAAGAAAUUAGUAUCAUAAUUAAAUUGCUGUAAUAACUGGGGAUACAUUUAAAUGUGUGGGCUCUCCAGGACUUUAAGUCUCAUGGGAAAGUUCAUAAGAGUGCACAGUAUUUAUUUGCACCUUUUUUUUGAAACGAUUCUAAAGCACUUUAUAGUUAUUCUAUAUAUAAAUUGAUGAAUUACAGUACCAAACUGCAGCCAGUUCAACAAUCAUUCCAGACUUGCUGCAUUACACAGUAUUUUCAAGUGAAAGUGAAAGAACACCUAUUAAAUUAUAGUAAAAGAUACUAGAAACAAAUGUGAAAAUCAGAUGCUAAAGAAUAGCACAAGGUGGUUUAGGGCUUUACUUUUCAGGAAGGUACAAGGAAGUUUUUAUUUCUAGUGUCAUGACUCCUCAAAGUACACUGUACUUUCAUCUAGAAAAGCAUGUGAGUGUAGGUACAUUGUCCCUCUGGUAUCAGAAUUUGUGUGGGAGACCUGUGGUUUUUCUGUGGGUGGUGUACUCCCCUGUUCUAGCAGAGAACAAGGAGAAAUGUGUUGUGGAAGGUGCCAUCUGCCAAAUGUGAUGGAAUGAAAUCAGAGUUUUAUUAAGCAUGAGCUUAUAUUCCUUUACUGGAGCAGCUCCAGCAUGGUCAGCCUCUUACAGGCUAUGAAGGGAUCAGGACCAGCAACUUUCACUUACUCUGAAAACCAGCAGUAAAUCAACAACUAAUACUUAGCUUUCUUACAGGUUGCAUAAAGCAAUCUUUUCAAGAACAUAUGAGUAGAAUUAAAAAUUACAACUACACUAAUCAGACUAAAUUAUGUUUGUCAUAGUUUUUAAUAUAUGCAAAUUUCAAAAGGUGUAAGAACUGAAAUUCACGUCACCACAUAGUCGUGGUUUUAGCAAAAAUGCAUUUUUGUAAUAGUAAUAAUCCACCUAGUUACUUUGCCUAAAAGUGACUGGCUCUGUUAUUAGUGGCAGUAAGCAUAAUGUUUUAAAAGCUUUAAGACUGUAAUAAAACAUUUGGUGGAAGUCUUUUAAAAGCUAGGGGGUGUAAGUCAUAGGCUCUUGUUUGGCUACAUGCAGAUGUGUGGGUGUGUAUGUUAAAAUAUUAUCUGUAACUUUAAACAGUUGUCUCAUAUAUGCCAGGACUGGCAUUCUAACUGCAAUUUUUACUUCUUUAAACUUAUGCAAUUAUUGCUCAUAUGUCAGAACAGGGAGGGACAAACUCACUUGUUGGUGACAAAAUUGCUUCUACCUUUUGAUCUCAAAAAACCUAAAAUACAAAAAGUUACUUAAAGUGACAUAGUCUAAAAUUCCCGUAAUAAUGUGAUUUAAUUUUUUUAACCAGGAUGUCUGAUUAAGCAAUGUCCUUCAGUAAAUAUUAAAAAAUAUACUGAGAGAUAAGAAAUGUAAUAGAGAUGCUAACUAGUUAUAUAAGAAAAAGUUACAUCAUUUUUAGUAGCAUGUUACCAUGGUUUUAUUUGAAAAAGGGCCACAAAGAAGACCAAAAAUCCAAUCGAAUAUUGGCCUCUUUUGUACAUUUUCCACAAGAAUUGAUGACUAAAAGUGGCUACAUUUUUCUAAAGUUAGUAGGUUUCACAAUUUUGCAGGACAUUUCUAAUUGUUUAACUCUACCUUUCUUCAACGCCUAAACAAUAAACUGUUUAUUGAGCAAUAUUGUUUUACUUUAUAUGAGUUGUUAUUAAUUCCAGAGGAAGAUUAUUUUUAAAUUAUUAAAAAUGUACAUAAUAAAGACUACUCCAACUCUGAGAUCCUCCAUAGAAAAACACCAAAAAGGUAUAGAGUUGAGAUGCACAUUUUUUGUCAUAUAUUGGGGUUUUUUGAGAUACAUACUUUUAUAAAAAUGCAGUAACAAUUCAAAGGCUCAGAUUUGAUUUUCCUUGAAGUCUGCUGUAAAAUGCUGUUAAUUUCUCUUGGAGCAAGAGCAGGUCCUUUGCAGGCUAUUUUUUGGUUGAAUUGAACCUGAUCAGUAAGCCUGUAUUUCUUAACUACCAUAGUA